AUGAUAUUUGAGUUGGAUGAGGAUUUGAAAAAUCUGGAAUUGGAGAAGCCUGUUAUCACCAGGUCUCCCUUUUCAGAUAAUGAGGAAACGAUUAUUUCCAAUGACGAGUGUCACGAUAUGAUCAGUGAGCCACCACAGUCUCUACAGGAUUAUUUGGAUGUCGAUGUGCCCUCCGCGAGGCAUACAGAGAAGAGAAGGCCAUCGGCAGUGGCCAAGUUUUCUGUACUUUCACCCAUGCAUACAAGGAAAGUUUCAAUCUCAUCGGCGAAAAACGGAGAUGAGACUAACGCAUCUCCACAUUCAGACACGGGGGUGACCACUUCAUCUCCAACUUCAAACCAUACUAGUGGUGACCCGAACUCAAGGAAUUUGCAAGACUUCCAGCCUGUAAGAGUAUUGGGGAAGGGAGCCUAUGGUAAAGUUAUAUUGGUGAAGGAUCAAAAAUCAAAUAAACUGUUUGCCAUGAAACAAUUGAAAAAGGCAGAAAUCUUGAUAAAUGAACAAGAGAUCAAAGACGACGCCAAAGAGGAUAAGCCGGAUAAUAAAAAUAUCGAGCGGACAUUUGCAGAAAAGACAAUUCUUUCCGAGUUAGAACACCCUAAUAUCGUCAAGUUGUUUUAUUCAUUCCACGACGUGUCUAAAUUGUAUCUUAUUUUACAGUACGUCCCCGGGGGGGAACUUUUCUUCCAUCUUAAGGAGCAUGGUACACUAGAUGAGGAUACUGUCUCCUUUUACGCGGCUGAAAUCAGUUGCGCGCUGAAAUUCUUACAUGACAAGGGGAUAGUUUAUAGAGACUUGAAACCGGAGAAUUGCCUGCUAAAUGACAGGGGGCACUUGGUUCUGACAGAUUUUGGUCUGAGCAAGAAAAGUCUGGAAGAUAACGAUAUGUCUAACCAAGUCGACGAUGUUUUCACGUUGCACUCGAUUAUCGGUACCCCCGAGUACGCGGCUCCAGAGAUCCUACAGGGGCUACCAUACAACAAGAACUGUGAUUGGUACUCCCUAGGGUGUCUUCUUUUCGAUAUGCUUGUCGGGAAACCACCUUAUACGGGUACAAAUCAUAAAGUCAUAAUAAACAAGAUUCAAAAGGACAAAAAUGGGCCUAAAAUUCCGUAUUACUUGAGUGAAGGUAUGAAGGACAUGUUGAACUGGCUUUUGAAAAAGGAUAAACUUAAGAGAUGGCAGGUGGAUAAAUACUGGGCAGAAACAAGGGAAGAUUCAAGACAGGGCAAGGGCAAGAAGAAGAAAGUCGGUAAACAGAGAGAACUGAAGUACCAGUCACACUUUAUAUUCAGGAAGAUUGAUUGGAAGUUGAUGGAAAGUGGUGACUUACAGCACACUACUCUGGGACCAAUUGUUCCCCUAAUUACCGACUGGGAAUUGGCCGAGAAUUUCGACUCUGAAUUCACCUCGAUGUCAUACGAUGAUGGGUACACAAUGGAAAUCCCGGCUAGGAAUUCUAAAGAUGACCUUUUCAAGGGCUUUAGUUACAAGGCAAGCGGGAGCUACUUGGACAGAUACUUCUAA